AUUCCCGCAUGUUGUGUUUCGUGAGAUUGUCUGAGAGGUGAGUGAGUGGUGGGCCAGGAGGGAAGAGGUGGUCCCAGCCACGUCCAUCUACAGAUUUAAGAGCAGAUACAUCAAGAGCUGCAAUAAGUGCCUCAGGGAUGCAAGGCUACGAGACAGAGCAUGCAGUGUUACAUCCCCCCCUCCCCCCCCCACGUAGUCACUGUCGGUGUGACAUAUCAGGGGGGUGUUCCCCAAAGGAUGUAGCGUGACGUAGAGCCUCACUCACGUUCACCUCUUACACCAGUCACUCCGGGACAGUCAACUAAGGAUCGAUACUCUCACGCAGCCAUUCAAAAACACUCAGGCCUUAUGGGAAAUGUGUUGUUUAGUGCCUUCAAGAGUAUGUUCGUGUCGCAAGGGGCAUCAUGGCUAAUAAAGAACCCUUCUAUCCGGACUGCAGGUAUGAAGAGGAGCAAGAAAUUCAACAAGUGGCCUUUCGGUUUAUGAAGAAGAGAGAGAAGGAACGCAAAGCUCAGGCGGCGAAGGAACGAGCGAAGGCAGAGAAGGAACGUGUCAAGGCGCAGAAGAAAGCCGCCAAGGCCCCACAGAAGACCGGCUCCGGCAAGAAGAGUGUUGUCUUCCCGCUGCUCGAGAAGGAUACACAGAUGUCUGAGGGAGGCGGCGCAGGGGACGGGUAUCAAGUGCUCCUGCCCCCUGAGGCACCCCAGGCUGACAGCGUAACCAGGGCACCACCGCCGCCCUUAUGAGCUAGUUUGCCCGCCAAAUCACAGGCAGACACGGAUUGUCAGUCACAGGAGGAACACGCACCUCAGCAGGGGAAGCUGUCAGCCUGCCACAGUCAACACGUGUUGCAUAGACGGAUAGCUACUGCAAGGGAGAGGACCGGUUCCUCGUACUAUGUAUACUAGUGAUAGUGAAUUACCGGAAGUGAUACAGUGAUAUUUACUGCGUUGUGAACACAGUACUUGCUUUUUGGUGACAUCAGUGUGAUCGACCAUUAAUAAUUCAUCAUAAGUGAACUGCAAAUUUAUGAUAGACUUUCAUUGCAAGGCUGGACACUUCCCCUGUGGCUUACACCAUCAUCACAGUAACCCAUCCUCCUAAAAUGAGAGUACUUAUAGUAACUGUGGUGUAAAGUACCAAUAUGUAGUGAUGGAUCACCGGAAAGUUGACUUGUAUUGAAUUUGGACAAGAGACAUUUUUUAGCCGUAGCAUAAAUAUAAGACCUGGCCUAACUAAAUGUAACGUAAUCCAACUUCUAGCAAUCCUACGCCUAAUGUAUGUUAUCUUAGGCCUAAUAUUGUACAUGUAUGCGCUAUGUUAGGUCUAAGAAUAUUUAAGUUUGGUGUUUAGUUUUAUUUUUUUUCCCCGGUUUCCAUAACAUUGAUAGUACAAAAAGUGGUUUACUGGUGACCUAUCACUACUUAGGUAUUGGUACUUUCGACCAAAUUAGAUACUCUUAAGUACAGUCAUUUCAGAAAUGGGUUGACCACUGCACGACACCUGUUACCAGCAAGCAUCGAUGGGUUGACGUUACAACAACUUGCAGGUGUGUGAACUCACUGUACAUAGUGUAGCUGGUUUGCAGGUGUAGUUUGGUUGCCUUAUUAUUCCAGCCUGUCCUCAGGCUGUACUGGUCCAAGCGGCCGCCGACCCCCAAAGACGCAUAUUCAUAACUUUUGACGCACUUUGUAAACAAAAACGGUGUUUUCUAUAUAAAUUAAUAUAUAUUAUAAUUUAGUCCAUAGUUGGAUCUAGGUUUGUUUGGUUCUGGCAAUUUCUUGCAUGUGCAAAACGCAAU